AUGGGAGCAGUGAAUGAUGCAAACCGCAGCAGAAAGAAGUCAUCAUCAAGAGGGCACCACAGGUUUGUGGGGGUUCGACAAAGGCCAUCGGGGAGAUGGGUGGCAGAGAUCAAAGACUCUCUACAGAAGGUCAGGCUUUGGCUUGGAACAUUUGACACAGCUGAGGAUGCAGCUAGGGCAUAUGACAAUGCUGCUCGAGCCUUGAGAGGUGCCAAUGCUAGAACCAACUUUGAAUUGCCUGAAGCAACUUCUGGUGAUGCUUCUAAGCGUGGUGAUGGCAGUAGUUCAACCUUUGUGCCCAAUUGCUCUGAACCCUUUUCUUUUGAGGAUGUCAACGAGCCAAGUGAAGAAGCUGAAGGCCUUCUUGGUGCACUUAAGGCCAAGCUGCUUGAUGGAAAGAAAGGAAAGUUUCACUUUCCAUUUCUUCCUAAUAGUGCUGCUUCCCCGCUUGUUCAAUCUGGCUGGGUUUCAACAUCAACUCAGAAUGUUUGUUCCGCGGAGAAAGAUUUAUUGUUACCAUCAUCAGCCAGUAAUACUGUCCUCUCAAGUAUGAAUGGAACUGGAGCCAACCCUUUACUUGGUGUUACGAGUACGUUAGAAACAUCAAACACUUGUUCAAAGAGUGUGGUUAUCCCAAAUCAUGAUCACGAAGGUUCUGAAGGAAGAAGUUCUAGAGUCGACUCUCAUCAACUUUGUCAAACUCCACCGGAGGCAACAUGGUUCAAUGAAGUGGCAUAUGAAUUGCCUUGGCCUACACAAUGUAUGAGCCAAGUUCCUGAUAAUAAUAAUAGCCUUCUUGCAUCUGCAGCCACCUUGGCAUGGCCACUUUCUGGGGUGAUUGAGUCCAUUGAUAUGGCUUGCCCAGAUCAAGGGCCAUCAAAUUGCAACAAAAGUGGCCAAAUGAUGAAUAUGGUGAGCAUGCAGUUACCUCUAGUUGGUGGUGCAACUGAAGGGCUUUGGACAUUGGAACAACAACAAUUUGUGCAAUAUGAGAACAACAGUUGGUUUAGUUAUAAUGGCUCUUGGGAUCCUCUCCUUUCUGAGCUAGCUUGA